AGCUGAUUCUUCACACCACAAAACAAGUUCCGUAGCAUUAGAAGUAAACCACGGUUUGCUUUAAUGGCUGAUUCUGCCCUUCUUUACAGGCACUUCAUUCGUAUGGUUGCUACGAUUCCCUUUCUUCUCUCACUUCCAUUCAUCUUCACGACUGCAACUGCACAAAGACAGAUCAACAUAAGCCUCGGUGCUUGUCUCACACCCAACACCAUCAACUCCUCCUGGCUCUCACCUUCAGGUGCCUUCGCAUUCGGGUUCUAUCAGCGAGGCCAUGGUUAUGCGGUUGGAGUUUUCCUUCCACGCACUCCGCGUAAAACCACGGUCUGGACCGCCAACCGAGACAAGCCUCCGGUCUCAAGCAAUUCCACCCUGUGUUUCACCAGCGACGGUACACUCGUCCUGCGGUCGGCGGAAGUGGUGGUCAUUUCUAGCGAGACCGCGGUCUCAGCUUCUUUUCUCGACACGGGCAAUUUUGUUCUGUAUAACUCGAGGCGAGACGUCAUAUGGCAGACUUUUGAUUUGCCGACUGAUACCCUCUUGGCAGGCCAGCAUUUAUCAUCAGGCAAGCAGUUGUUCUCGAGCGCUUCCGAGAGCGACCAAUCAGCCGGUAUCUUUCGCCUCAACAUGCAAAAGGAUGGAAACCUCGUGCAGUAUCCCGUAGAUACUCCAGACACGGGCAUGUACGCUUAUUGGGCGUCUGGCACUGACGGAGUCGGUAACAAUGUGACACUAUAUCUCGAUAAUGAUGGUUAUCUCUACCUGUUGAACACAACAGGUGAAUAUGUAAAGAAUAUCACCAGAAGUAUAGGACCUCCUAAAGAAGGAAUAUUCUACCUUAUGAGAAUCGACACAGAUGGGAUUUUCCGACUGUACUCAUACAAUGCAACCCAGAAUGCUGAAUUGUCCGUAAUGUGGUCGUCUUCUGAGGACAAAUGUAGCCCCAAGGGCUUAUGUGGGCUCAAUGGGUUUUGUGUCAUGAACGAUCAAAUUGCCGAGUGCAAGUGUCUUCCAGGAUUCGGACCUGUGAACCCGGGGAACUGGACAUCCGGGUGCGAGAGGAACUUCAGUGCAGAGAGUUGCAUGAGAAUGGAUGCGGCCACGAGGUACACUUUUCAACCGGUCUCUAACACUGUAUGGGAGGACGCUGCGUAUGCCGAUCUUACUUUUUCGACCAACGAAGAAUGUCAAAAGGCAUGUUUGCAGGAUUGCAAUUGCGAAGCCGUGAUAUAUGAAGAUCAAUCCUGCAAAAAGCAGAGGCUUCCUCUGAGAUAUGGCCGGAGGGACCCCAGCAAUGCGAACAUACUCUCCAUCAAGGUAGGAGAGACUGGAUCUAAAGAGAAUGGAACGAACGGCUUCAUGCCGGAGGGAAAGAAAAGACCUGCUCGGAGAGACAUUCUAUUUGCAAUUGCAUCGUCUACUGCUUUCGCAUUAGUCACACUGGCAGUGGCGGGAUUCAUUGUUUACAGGUAUCGCGUUCGGCUAUAUGAAAAACUUCCCAAGGAUGGAAAUAUGAUAGAGAAUAUUUCGCCGAGAUCAUUUACUUAUGAAGAGCUGAAGAGAGUAACCCAAGAUUUCGCCGAAGAGAUUGGCAAGGGAGCAUUUGGAACAGUGUAUAAAGGCACGCUGUUGAAUAGCCUCGAGGUUGUAGCUGUUAAGAAACUAGAGGUCUCAUCGGAUGUUGAAAGCGAAUUCCAAACCGAGGUGAAAAUUAUCGGGAGGACUCAUCACCGAAGCCUCGUCCAAUUACUUGGUUAUUGUCUUGAAGGACACAACAGGCUUUUGGUGUACGAGUACAUGAGCAACGGGUCGCUCGCGGAUCUACUCUUCGUGCCUGAAAAACAACCUUGCUGGGAUGAAAAAAUGGGAAUCGCUCGGAACAUAGCCAGAGGUCUCCUCUAUCUCCACGAAGAGUGCGAAACCCAGAUCAUUCACUGCGAUAUCAAGCCACAGAACAUACUAAUCGACGAAUGUAGGCGAGCGAAAAUAUCCGACUUCGGGUUAUCGAAGCUGCUGAAGCCAGAUCAAACCAACACGAUGACGAGGAUUAGAGGAACAAGGGGUUACGUUGCGCCGGAGUGGCACAAGAAUUUGCCAGUGACGGUGAAAGCAGACGUUUACAGCUUUGGCAUCGUGUUGCUGGAGAUCAUCUGCUGCCGAAGAAGUGUGGAUUGGAGCCUUCCCGAUGACGAAGCUGUUCUCGAAGAAUGGGUCUACAGCUGUUUCCAGGCUCACGAGCUAGAGAAACUAGUCGAUGAUGAAUUGAUCGACAAAAGAAAGUUGGAGAGAAUGGUUAAAGUGGCUCUUUGGUGCAUCCUCGAAGAGCCAUCGCUCCGUCCUUCGAUGAGGAAGGUGCUCCUGAUGCUGGAAGGCACGGUGGACAUUCCGAGUUGCCUUGAUAAACAAAUGUGGUUCCUUUUCCACGGCAGAUUCGUGAUGAAGUCCAAGUCUUCAAGCGCUAGAUUUUUGCGUUGCCGUGCUUAACACACCGGAAGUCUUGAGAUGACCUUGGCCAAAAUCCUACUUCUUCUAUAAAUAUACUUUCCUAGAGUCAAUGUCUUUGUAAGGUAGAGUGAACACAAUCUAGCUGGUUAGCUCUAUUAAGCACAAACAAAGAGCUGAUUCUUCACAACACAAAACAAGUUCAAACGUUAAGACAGGCUCAAGAUCUGCACAAUCUCA